GCGCGCAACCCGCAAUUAUACAGCUCAGCCGGCCAUGAACUUCCUGCACUCCAGCCUGCAUCACCCUGCACAGCGCUCCUGGAGCGAGCCACACCUGCACCCGUCGCAGCUCAUGUACCCGCUGUUUGUGACGCUGCGCAGCGAGGACAAGGCGAUCCGUGGGCUUGAGCCGGAGCUGCAGUGGGGUCAGGGCCCUGACGGUGACUACGCCUCGCUUGUGGCCCAUUUGCGUGACCUCAUGACCAAGGGUCUGACUAACGUGAUGCUCUUUGGCGUCGUGGAGGACAAGGAUGCACGGGGCUGCAUGGCGGACGACGAGGCCACGCCCGUCAUCAAGUGUACCAAGGCGCUGCGCAAGGCACUGCCCGAUCUCAUGGUGGCCUGCGAUGUCUGCAUGUGUGAGUACACGGAUAAUGGCCACUGCGGUAUCCUGCGUGAAGUAAAUGGCGAGCAAGUGCUGGACAACGAGCGUACACUCGAGCGGCUCGCCAGCAUAGCACUUGCCUACGCUAAGGCAGGCGCGCACAUGGUAUGCCCGUCCGACAUGAUGGACAAUCGCAUCGGCGCUAUCCGCAAGAUCUACAAUGAGCACGGCUUUGAGCACGUGUCCAUCAUGGCCUACACGUCCAAGAAGGCCUCUGUCAUGUACGCGCCCUUCCGCGACGCUGUCGAGUCCACGUUCCAGGGUGAUCGCAAGCGCUAUCAGCACCCCGUGGGCAGCACGAGCCAUGCCGCGUUAGCCUUCGAGCGCGACGUGCAGCAGGGUGCUGACAGCGUCAUCGUCAAGCCAUCGCUCUUCUACUCUGAUAUCGUGGCCAGCUUUGCCGCUAAGAAGACCGUGCCUGUAGUGUGCUACCUCGUCUCAGGCGAGUACAAGAUGGUCAAGGACUACGGUGACUCCACCAACUCACUCGAAGCUGUGGUGCGCGAGGCCCACCUUGGUCUGCUCCGUGCCGGCGCCAGCGUGCUAAUCACGUACUUCACCCCGUACAUCUUGGACCACUGCGCUAAGUGGUAACUCUUGAUCGUAGCGGCACAACCGACAGUUUGGUUGUCUUUGCGUUGUAAUAACUGGUUCUUUGCC